AUGGCCCAAGAAAGCCAGUUGAUCAAGGUUGACAUACGUCUUUACAAGAAAGACGAAGUGCCGUAUGAGGACUUUAUCAAAGGGGCCACAGAGGUCUACCCUACCAAAGCCAUCCCGCUCAUGAAGAAGCACGGUCUUGUAAAAUGGACUACGACGGCGUACCCUCCUCACUUCAGAGAGCCCUUUCGUCAUGCGCUGAAAGAGGAGAUGGGCCGCCCGGAAUGGGUAGUGCCCGACCAUGAUCUGGUCAUGUCGUACUGGGUGCGCAGCUUGGACAGUUUACAGGCGCUCACCACGUCCAGAGAAUGGGACGAGCUGGAGGUAGAUGCGCAGAAGAUUACCAACGUGCAAAUUGGGCAAUUCGCCGUGGGGCACGAGAUCGUGCAAUUUCAAGACAACUGGGCCGGAGGCGCCUAA